CUUGACUAGUGAUGUCUGUUUCCCAGAGUUCUUUGCGCGCCGCAAUAGUUGCCAGUCAUUCUGCUGAGACAAACUGAUAGACAAGAUGAAGGAACAAACAGCGAAGAGACGUGAAAAGCCCAAAGAUUCAAAAGCUGACAAGCAGAAGGAGACGGGCCCCGAACCUCAGGAUGUUGAGAUGCCCGAGGAGGACGCCGCCGGCUCGGCAAAGCCUCCAAAGGAAAUCGACAGCCUUACGUUAGAAGACAUCAAGGAGCAUGUGAAGCAGAUUGAGAAGGCGGUGUCGGGGAAGGAGCCGCGCUUCGUGCUGCGUGCUCUCCGAGCGCUUCCCUCCACCAGUCGCCGCCUCAACCCCAACGUCCUCCACAAGGCCGUCACCGGCUUCUACACCUCCAACGCCGCCGGCAAGGACUUCCUGCUGGGCUUCCUGGAAGAGCCCAUGGACAUGGAGGGGGAUGUGCAGUUCAGGCCUCGCACAGGGAAGGCUGCGGCGACCCCUCUGCUGCCGGAGGUGGAGGCCUAUCUGCAGCUCCUCCUGGUGGUCUACCUCACCAACAACAAGCGCUACCCAGAGGCCCAGAAGGUGUCUGACGACCUGCUGCAGAAGAUCGGCUCCCAGAACCGCCGCGCUCUGGACCUGGUGGCCGCCAAGUGUUACUACUACCACUCCCGCGUCUACGAGUUCCUCAACCAGCUGGACGUUGUGCGCAGUUUCCUGCACACUCGUCUGCGGACGGCGACGCUUCGCCAUGAUGCUGAUGGCCAGGCCACCUUGCUGAACCUGCUGCUGAGGAACUACCUGGAGUACAACCUGUACGACCAGGCCGAGAAGCUUGUGUCCAAGUCCGUCUUUCCGGAGCUGGCCAACAACAACGAGUGGGCGCGUUACCUCUACUACACAGGGCGCAUUAAGGCCAUUCAGCUGGAGUACUCUGAGGCCAGGAGGACACUGACCAACGCCCUGAGGAAGGCCCCUCAGCACACCGCCGUGGGCUUCAAGCAGACCGUGCAUAAGUUGUUGAUCGUGGUGGAGCUUCUGCUGGGGGAGAUCCCGGACCGCCUGCAGUUCCGCCAGCCCUCUCUGAAGAGGUCCCUCAUGCCUUACUUCCUGCUCACUCAAGCCGUGAGAACAGGGAAUCUGGCCAAGUUCAAUCAAGCCCUGGACCAGUUUGGGGAAAAGUUCCAGACCGACGGCACCUACACCCUCAUCAUCCGCCUACGGCACAACGUCAUCAAAACCGGCGUGCGUAUGAUCAGCCUGUCCUACUCGCGCAUCUCUCUCGCCGAUAUCGCCCAGAAGCUGCAGCUGGACAGCCCCGAGGAUGCCGAGUUCAUUGUGGCAAAGGCCAUCCGGGAUGGCGUGAUCGAGGCCAACAUCAACCAUGAGAAGGGCUACGUGCAGUCCAAGGAGACCAUGGACAUCUACGGCACACGGGAGCCACAGCUCGCCUUCCACCAGCGCAUCUCCUUCUGCCUGGACAUCCACAACAUGUCUGUCAAGGCCAUGAGGUUCCCCCCGAAGGCCUACAAUAAGGACCUGGAGUCUGCAGAGGAGAGGAGAGAGCGGGAGCAGCAGGAUCUAGAGUUUGCCAAAGAGAUGGCGGAGGAUGAUGACGACGGCUUCCCAUAAUCCUACACGGCGUCAAGAGCAACAACAUGGCCUCCCUGCCCCCCUCAAAACGACCACCUCCUUGUUUUGCUCCUCUAUAUAGUCUUUUUCUCUUUUUUUCUUUUUUCUUUCUUUUUUUCUUUU